GGGGGCGCAGCGGGGAGGCAACCAUUGACUGGAGCCUAACGACCAUUAUUUCGUCAUCAUUUGUAACCAUGGAGCAUGAAUUACCUCUUGAAGUCAUCAGUGAGGAUUUACGACUGGUCAACAAAGGCACGUGAUUCCCGAACGCUCUCCCCAUAUUUGGCCGCAUACCUGGCAAAGUACAGUAGGGGCUUCAUUGCUUAUAAUUCAUGAUUGCAUCCAUAAAUCGUGCAAGCACACAGGAUUAUAGCGACAAAGAUCUACAAAUCGAGGCUUUAAAAAUCCAAGCAAAUGAGCUCCUACUUUGUAAACUCGUUCUCAGGGCGCUAUCCAAAUGGCUCCGACUAUCAGUUACUAAAUUAUGGGACUAACGGCGCUGUGAACGGCUCCUUCAGAGACCCUGGCACCAUGCAUUCCGGGUCUUUCGGCUACAACUACAAUGGAAUGGACCUAACCGUGAACCGCACCAACACCGGCAGCCACUUCCCGGCGGUGCGGGAGGAUGCGCGGGGGUUCGGCCAGGACGCCCGCUACAGACAGACGCCCAACAACUGCUCGCUGUCCUCCUCCCAGGAUCCGGUGCCGCAGCCGCCGCCGUCGUGCGCCACGGCCAGCCGGGAGCCGCUGGAACUAAAGAGCCCCUCUCCUCCCUCUGACCGGAGCGCGACCUCGGGCGGCAACAACCUGAACAAAAACACGAGUGCUCAUUUCACGGAGAUAGAGGACGCCACCGUCGCGUCCGAGACCGAGGAGGGCGCGCACAGCAGCGGCGGCGGAGCCAGCUCUGUUCCGCGGGCGCAGCAGCAGCAGCAGCAGCAGCAGCACCAGGACCCCAACGCCACCUCCUCCACCCCUUCAUCAAACGAUUGCCAAUCGCCACAAAUAUUCCCCUGGAUGCGGAAGCUGCACAUAAGCCAUGAUAUGACUGGACCAGACGGGAAAAGGGCCCGAACCGCGUACACCCGGUACCAGACGCUAGAGCUGGAGAAAGAGUUUCACUUCAAUAGGUACCUCACCAGACGGCGGAGGAUAGAGAUAGCCCACGCCCUGUGUCUUUCCGAAAGACAGAUCAAAAUCUGGUUUCAGAACCGCAGGAUGAAGUGGAAGAAGGACAAUAAACUGAAAAGUAUGAGCCUGGUGACGGGAGGCAGCGCCUUCCACAACUGAAUAACUUUUUUUUGUUUGUUUGUUUUUGUUGUUGGGGUGGAAUUAAAAAAAAAAUGAUAAUAGUAAAGAAAAGA